CCCUUCUCAUCGUGCUUCACGAAGAGACUAUCAAGAGGAAGAUGAGGAUGUAGCGAUUCAGGAGAUGCCAGCUUCUCCAAUUGUUCCAGCUAUUUCUCCCAGCAACAGCGACUACUUUGCUCGUUCUAUCAAGACAACCGCUGCUCCAUUGCCUCAAACUUCCGACUCUAUUACAGAGCUGUAUCCUGAUGGUUCAGCGUUGAGCACUCCUCUGACCUCAAUAUCAUCAUCCAGCUUUUUCGUUGACUCUUCCGCCUCCGUGGAACAUACAGCCCUAUCGUCUAUUUAUUCCAAUUCUCCUCCUACUAGUCCAUCAAUACAUCCGACGUCACGUCCAGGCCCAAGUCAAAUCAAUGAAUCCAUUGGCCUUCAGCUGCACGGGAUCCCGGGCACAACUCGUGACUCGUGGCCAGGUUCAAUGCGAGAUAUAGAACCUCACACAACAUUCAGAUCAACUCCAGAUCUUGUCUCUGGGCAUCUGGUGAAUGGGCCCGGAAGUCCAACGGUACGGGCGUCCGGAGAAGCGGAAUCUACAAACAUUAUCUACCAAUUUCCUUCUCAAAGUCGUUCUAGCCCCUCUCUCAUUCGAGUUCCACGAACAUCCAAUGAACAUACCCCUCCAGCUCUCAACCACCAGCACCCUUUUUCUCCAUUUCAGGGUAUGCGUCCACACGGUUCAUCGAGCUUAAACGGUCAUGGGCAAUCGCCACUUUGGCCCAAUACGCCAUCUCCGGCACAGGGAACCGGUGUUCACCCUCAUUCUCAGCCCUGGUCUAAUAUUCCACGAAAUUCGCCACCUAAUUAUCGCUCUUUCAGCCAAGCCCUCCAUCCACAAGGCAAUCUCAAUUCAAAUUUAUUUGGCUUUCCUACAGGAGUUCAGUUUGGCAUACAUGGCAAUUUUCUGGGAACUUCUAUAGCUCGUGACGCUCUAUUGGCCUACGCACACCGCCUUUACAACAAUGCUUUCAGUCAUCAACCUCCAGGUUUAACCUCUGUACCUCAUCAGUCGCAACCAGAAUCUGGUCUCCCAGAUGCACACCAUCAGCAGCUCCUUUCAUUACUGGAUUCUAUCAAGAGUCAACAUCCGCGUCAUUUACCGACACUACUCCUUCUGAGCUGCGUUCAGUUCUCUAUAGGCAACUAUGAUACCUGUGCAAACGUUUGCAGCGAGAUAUUGAGUAUCGACGGAAAUUACGUGGGUAUGGUUAUGAAGGUCAAAGGUGCCAUCAAGGAGGCCGAAUCGUUAUGGAUGAAGGCGAUCAAGCUACGACCAACAUAUUGGGAUGCGAUCGAUAAUUUACUCCAUGUACUUUGUGAACCAGCCACGCUGCCUGAUGGGGUUGUGGUCCCUCCGAGAUAUCACGAGGCGAUCGGAGUACUCGACCAUGUUUUGAACAUCCUAAUCCGCUCAGAUGGUCUCCUACUUGUAUUUAUACCACCUGCACAUUUGCAUCGUCUUCAAAAUCUACUCUAUACGAGCGGUAACCUACGUGCGGUGAUCCAAGCCGAUUCCCGAGCGGCUUUACAUGAUCAUACAAGAGGCCUAGAGCUCAUGUUUCGUGCACCUGGUUCUAUGGAAGUCGGUGACCCUCUACAUUUCCGCGAUAUCAUUAUUGCGACGGUGGUCAUCGGGUUGCUGGCCAGCGAGCUCCCGAAUUCCCCGGUUUUGAAAUCUAUAGCAAACGCAAUGAAUAUAGAUUCAGUACGAUUCACAAGUAACAUGCUAGAUCGAGGUGUCGACUGGUUGGCUCUCGUACAUGAGGCAGGAGAAAAGCUGGUCGAAAUGCUUCUAAACCAAGGGAAAGGCGCCCUUCCUAUGGUCAUGCUUACACCAGAAAAGGUGUCUCGAAUACCAGAGACUCUUUUUAGUGUCUUUUCACGAACUCUUCCCGCACUUUGUGUCCGCGCGUCAUACGAGCACCCUUGGGUCCCUGCACCAGGAGCCGAUGAUCCAGGAGCUACUAAAGUCACUUCGACAAUUCUCCUGAGCAUAGCAAAGAGUCUUCAAACUAAAGACCUGCCACAUGGCGGUGCGCCAUUCGGACCUGGGAAGCCGCUUCCGCGGAGCCUAUCAUUAAUCAUUAUAAUCUAUUACCUGGCCAUAUCUCUCAAUCCAACGCCAUCAACUUAUAAUAAUAUGGGUAUUCUUUUCUACACGGUCAAGAAUUCUGCCAGCACUACCAACGCGCAAGGCAAUCGUGAAGUCAUCAAUGGCUUUGUAUUGGCACAACUGUAUUAUAGGAAGGGUCUAUCUAUGGACCCUAAUCAUCCACACUUGUUGACAAAUUAUGGAUCACUACUAAAAGAUCAAGGCCGUCCAUUGGAAGCUGUGCGCAUGUACAAGAAGGCUCUUGAAGUCAAUCCCGACUUCGAUGUCGCACUCGCGAACAUCGCAAACCUUAUCAAAGACUCCGGAAAUAUCCCCGAGGCCGUGGGCUACUAUCAGCGUGCGUUGACGGUCUCACCGGACUUUCCGGAUGUGAUUUGCGGGUUUGUAAAUGCUAUGAGCUCAAUCUGUGACUGGAGGGGUGGAAGGGGUUCUACUGCCCAACAGCCCAUGGUGGACGAACAACUAAACCUCAUCUUUCGAGAAGAGGGCGACAACACUCCUAGAGGCUGGAUGGGUAAACUUGAGACUGUGACAAAGAAGCAACUCCUAGAAGGAUAUGGUGUCGGAGAAGGCAUUAUGCGAACAUUUGGUGGGCUCAAGGAAUGGCGUGCCAUAGUACAGUUGGCAUUUGGUCAAGACCUGCCCGAUGAUCAACGUCGUCACUGGGACAAAGUGCUUGGCCGGUUUUUUGGACCCUUUAACAGAUACGAGAAAGCGGUGAACGAGACAGGGUUUGUCAUUCGCCUCAUAGAGAUGCUCAAUCGUAUUACUCAGCAAAAGUGCAAUGGAGCCCCCACCAGUGCCAUCUGUUCUGCCCUUCCAUACGUUCUUCGUCUCGUGGCCUAUCGAAAUGCAUUGAAAAUAUCAUAUGAUGCAUUGAUAGCACCUUGGCUGCCCGCAACUGUUUACCAGCCACCAUCACCACCAACAGAAAGACUCAACAUCGGAUAUGUCUCGAGCGACUUCAA